AUGAGCGCUACAAAGGACAAAGAAGUUCUCAAUAAUGAUGAAGAUCACUGGCGGAGUCAAAUUUCGAUGAGUCAACUAUUCACUCCACAAGACCCGCUACUGACACCUAAACUACCAGGUGAACAAGAACAAAAGCUGUCGACGAAACAACGAAAAAAGAAAAGUCGUGGUAAUCGAGCUGAACAACAUUUCAGACGAAGACUAAAUCGACGAAACUUAGAUGAAGCUAGCAAAGCAUCAUUAAUAGAAGCUCGAAUGAAACGUCAAGAACAAAAUGUCAACAAGAAUAACAUCGAGACAAAUCAAAUGGAAGAUGAUCUACAAGUUACGGAAGUUCCAUUGAAUGACAUUGGUCAUGGUGGUAACUCAAAAAAACGCAAACGCGACACAUCAACUAACAUACAAAAUCAUUUAAGUCAAUCGUUCAGUCAAUUAUCAAUUUCGCAAGGAUGCCGAAAAAAGACGAAGAACAAUAUUCAAUCAGAAGCUGUUCCAUUGAAAACAGUUCAAGAAAAGAAUAAUCAAUCGAAGACAUCAACGAAAAGUUUAAUGGCUACACACUUACCUCAAUAUUUAACUGUGUCGGAUCGAAAAUUCAAAGAAAUCCUAUCAAAAUCUAUCCAUGAUGGUCAUAAAAUUUACGAAUGGUUAGAUACCGAUGAAAAAUUAAAAUUGACUCGUCAACUAGCUCAUUCAGUUAACUUGAUUUAUUAUUUAAAAUUACAACAAAAAUUAUGGCAAGAUUAUUAUGAUCUCGGUAUCAAAGAUGAUGUUUGGGCUCCACGAAUAUCCAAGACAAAGGCGAAAGAACAUAAUACUUGUCUAUCUUAUGGUAGAUCAGAAAAAUUCGUCGAACAACGUCAAAAAACCAUUCAACAUCAACUAAAUCGAACUGAAAAUGAAUUACAACAACAUCUUCAUCAUCUAGCAGAAUGGACUGAUAAAGCAAAGCCUUCAAUCGAUUCGAUAUUUCUGUCAACGGCUAUUGAAAGAAUGGUGAAAAAUGCUCAACAUCGGUUAAAUGUUGAAUUCCAACAUAAACGUAUCAUGUUAAAAUUGGAUGUCGAUGAUCAUCAUUUGAUUACAUCAGUGUAUGAUUGGGAACCGACUGAAGAACAGAUAGAAUUAAUCAAAAUCUAUUGGCAAGCCAUCGCUGAUGAACAGAAAGCAUUGGAAGAAAUGGAAAUUCUACGAAAACGAGCCUCCUUAAGACGAUUACCUAAAUCUCUCGAUAAUCUUGUUGAUCAAUCAGCUGAUAAUAUUCAAACAAUGCUUUCACGUUCUAUUCUUAAUAAAGAUAGACGUGCUUCUAUGGCAUCACAUUGUUCAAAGACGAUUACACAGUAUAAAUCUGAUCUGAUGGAAAUCGCUAUUACUAUAGCGCAUGAUACUGCUCGAGGUCAUGCUCAAUUGGCAUUCGAUACGAAAAACAAAUUAAGACUACUUGAUCGAAAUGCAUCAGAGUCGACUAUGGAGUUGCUUAUAAAAGCGAUGGAAAUUCGUGCAGAAAAUAUGAAGAAACGUGCUCAAGAAUUACUUCAAUAUAAAUUGAUGUCUUUUUUCGAACUGGCUCCGGUGGUGAUCAACGACGAAGCCAACGUAUCCACCGGAGCAAUAUAA